CCUGCAUGUAACUUAAAUAGAAAUGUUAGACUGCAAUAUAAAGGUUUUAUCAUAUUGACCUGGAAAGUGCCCAACUUUUCAUAUUAAUGUUCCACCAGCCUUUGAAACAGCUUCACCAAACUACAAACGGAGCAGUUCAGCUAGUAAAAUUCAAGAAAAAUGGAUUCCGACAGCAGUACCGAUGAUGAGGAAACCCUUGUUGUUUACACUUGUAAGAAAUGUCCUGGGCAAGAAUUUACCAAGAAGAACAUGCAAGCCCACCGAGAGUUUCAUAAGUCUGCGAAAAAACGGCGACAAAGAAGACGUAACCAAUCACCGGCACCUUCAUCGAUGGGGACAACGGCCAGUUUGUUCGUCGAGCGAACUCGAUCACAAUCUCCAAAAAAGACGGCUGAAAAGAAUUUAAGACCGGCUGAACUUAAGCGACGGAAAGCUGCGAAAACUACAUAUUUACAACAUUCCCUGGAUAAAGAGUUGACGAAUGGUGGAUAAUUAUUUCGGAAAUGUCGUAUUCAAAAAUAACAUGUCUGUAAACACAUUCAUUACAAUUCGAAAUAAAGGAUUUUAUCAGCA